UUUUGCCGCUCUCGUCUUAUCCAAAACUCGGUCCCGAUCAGGCUACCUUUAUGGUUUGCAUGCUUGGUAUGCUGCUGUAUGGCGAUCUAUUAUGCGAAGCAGGGGGAUACAACAAGGAUGCGGACGUUCAGCCCACGACCCACCAUUUUUCGUGUGAAAUGUGAAUGGUCAGAAAUCUAGAUAAUGUUGUGUACUUUGGUGGUUGUGCUAAUUAAUAUGAUUCGAGCUUCUAUGAUGUCUUAUCCCGCUCUCUUAGUAUGCUUCUGUAUGACGUCCUCAUUACCGCGUCAAUGUGGGCCCCUUAUUGUCUCCAGGUCUUUUCUCAUGAGUAAGCCAAGGACUUACUUGCAUAUUUGUGCCACUACUCAAGCCCUAGCAUACAUUGAUGAUCUUUUGAGGCUUGCGGUUCCUUCCAUGGCCCAUACCUUUCAUGCACUCAAUGCCUGAGCAAUUACAGGUUACCAUCUGGUACCUAAAGUAGGUAGGCAG